AUGACCCUGAAUCCAUCAGUUAUUAUAACCUCAAUAAAUUUAGGCAUUCUAGCAAUCCUUUUUCUAAGAAUUUUUUUCUUUUCCAAGUCUUAUCUGUUCAGGAGAAGAAAUCUCCCACAGAUGAAAGCCACCCUCCCAAGCGCCAAACUAACAGCCAGAAAAAAAGAAAGGAGAGUAAGAUACACAAGUGGGCCAUUCGCAAUGACAGUUUUAAAGCUUCUAGCACUGCUCUCGGUAGUAUCACUUAUAGUGGCGACCAAAGCCGAAUUUAAAGGAAUUAAAGUAACGCUCUCCCUUUGAUUGGCAAAAACGCCUACUAAAAUCUCCCUAAACUUUAUCUACGACCAGUAUUUUUUGCUCUUCCUCACCGUUGCUUUAAUAGUAACCUGAUCUAUUAUGGAAUUCUCAUUUUACUACAUGGCUGAUGACCCAAAAGGAACCGCUUUCUUUCGGCUUCUUACUAUCUUUUUAUUAAAAAUGCUUCUUUUAACUUGCUCCAAAAGAUUGUUUCUUAUUUUUUUAGGUUGAGAGGGAGUUGGAUUUCUCUCUUUCCUACUAAUAAGGUGGUGAACUACACGCAAAGACGCCAGAAGAUCAGCUUUGGAGGCCGUUAUCUAUAACCGAAUUGGUGAUAUAGGCUUAAUAACGUUUAUGGCGCUGUCAAUUCUUACCUUAAACUCAUGAAACCUUACAGAAAUUCUUUCCUCUAGGAAAAUAGAAAGCUCUUUUCUACCCUUCUUGCUGUUCGGCCUGAUUCUAGCUGCGGCAGGAAAGUCUGCUCAAUUCGGACUCCACCCAUGAUUGCCUGCGGCUAUGGAAGGCCCAACUCCUGUUUCCGCCCUAUUACACAGAUCAACCAUGGUUGUAGCGGGAGUAUUUUUACUAGUCCGAACCAGAGACCUUUUCGUCUUAUCUCCAAGAACCCAAUCAGUUGUACUAAUACUAGGAGGGAUAACCGCCUUGUUUGCUGCUUCGACUGCCAUUGCCCAACAUGAUAUCAAGAAGAUCAUUGCCUACUCAACCACAAGACAGCUAGGACUAAUGGUCUCUUCCAUUGGUAUAGGCCAGCCUAUACUAGCAUUCUUUCAUAUAUGCACCCACGCAUUUUUCAAGGCAAUGUUAUUUUUAUGCUCGGGGAGAAUUAUACACAGACUUAGUGACGAGCAAGACCUGCGUAAGAUGGGAGGCCUAAGAAAGCUCUUACCAGUAACAUCUGCCUGCUUAGCUCUAGGCAGGCUAGCGCUAAUGGGAACACCCUUUUUAGCAGGGUUUUACUCUAAGGACUUAAUUCUGGAGGCAGCCAGAGCCAGCUUCCUUAACACACUUGGCCUAUCCUUGAGUAUAGUCGCAACAAUGUUGACAGCAGUUUACAGAUUUCGAAUAGUCUACUUCUGCUUCUCUCUAAACCCCUCCAUCAAUGUUCUAUCCCCCAUAGGAGAAGAAGACGCAAACCUUAGUAAAGCCCUACUACGGCUAUCCCUCGGCACAAUAAUUAGAGGCUGAUUUUUCUCUAAUUUCAUCUUGUCGCUGCCAUCAUUCAAUGUUUCUCCCUCUACCAAGAGCCUCCCUCUGGUAGUUACCAUUCUUGGGGUAGCCCUUUUAUUCUCUGCACUAGUGUUUCUGUCCCAAACCCCAAUAGUUAGAAGGGCCCACUCUACUUUAACCUCACAAUGGUUCUUCGUAGACAUUAUCCACUCAAUCACCACACUUACAUCCUUUAUUUCCUCCCUUUUCUUAUCCUCUCGAACGUUAGACCGAGGGUGACAAGAAGAAAUAGGGCCGCAGGGAAUAGCUCAAUCCUCUACCUUCCUAUCAAAGGCAAACCAGAGAAGACAAAUAGGACUGAUAAAGCGAUAUAUUUUGUCCUCCAUUAUAUCGAUAGCCGUCAUAAUAGCCCUGUCUUUUGUCGUCUUAUCAUAG